AUGUCGAGUUCGGACGAAUAUUCAGUUUCAUACAUGAGUAAGUAUACAAUAGAUGCCGAAAUGUUAAACACUUUCGUUAAUUUAAUCGAAGAUGAAGAAGCAGAAGCAGAGAGCUCGAGAAUGGCAAUCAAACCAAAAAUACCAAGAAGAACAAUAACCAGAAACCAUGUGGAAGCCUUCACACAGUUUUUGAGAAAACCGACACAAGAAGAUGUUAACCGCGUGACCGCUAAACACGAGGCGGUGCACGGUUUUCCGGGUAUGCUUGGAAAUGUUGAUUGUAUGCAUUGGGCUUGGAGAAACUGCACAACGGCAUGGCAAGGCCAAUACACUCGUGGUGACAAAGGACAUCCGACGACUAUGCUUGAAGCAGUUGCUUCAUAUGAUUUGUGGAUUUGGCAUGCUUACUUUGGACUCGCCGGUUCGAACAACAACAUCAACGUCCUUAAUGAAUCUGAAUUGUUCGACCAGCUUCUUCAAAAUAGAGCUCCUGCGGUAAAUUUCACCGUUAAUGGCCAACAAUUUACAAAGGGUUAUUAUCUAGCUGAUGGUAUUUAUCCAGAAUGGGCUACACUUGUCAAGUCUUUCAAGUGUCCCAUGGACCCUAAGACCUCUAAAUUCAAACGCUUCCAAGAGUCUGCAAGAAAAGACGUGGAGCGUGCUUUUGGGGUACUUCAAGGCCGAUGGAGAAUCCUUCAACAGGGUGCGCGUCCAUUAAGUAUUAACAAAAUUAAACGCAUCAUGUACUCUUGUGUGUUGUUGCACAACAUGGUCGUUGAAUAUAACGGCCGUACAAUCAGUCCUUUGGAUUUGGAGCUAAUUCCUGAUACCCCGCCAACGCGUUCUUGGGAAGAACGUGUUGACAUUCAGUUACGUAUGACAUGGGAGUUACGUGAUAGAUCGACACACAACCGUCUAAGAGGCGCCCUAGUCGAGCACAUUUGGAACUUGCCGGAAAACCAACGUGAACGUUGA